AAACUAACUCCAUUUCCAUAACUGAUCAUGCCCAAUUCAUCAUCUUUACUGCUACUUUUAUCAAGCAAUCUCUUUCUCCAAUCAACACUAGCUCUCUCACUAACUCUGCUUCUCCACUUCCUUAACAUCCCCUCAUUUUUCCUCUCUGGUCUCUUCACUUAUGUCCAUCCAGAUGAUGUUACUCCCAACAAUGGUGGUGUUAGAGCAGCCAUUCGUAGACCAGGUACUAAUGAUUCUGAACUCAUCAAACCAAGAAAGAAAUCUAAGGAAAGAUUUGAGUUUGAUGAGAAUAAAGCUCAGAUCUUUAGGCUAAAACUUAGUGAUGGUCAUCUUCAAACAAGGAUUUAUUUUAAGGAAUUUAGGGGUUGUUUUAAUUCUAUUGUUGUUUCUCUUUCUUGUUUGUUGCUUCAUAGAUUCUUGAAGGAAUCUGAGUCUGGUGUGUUAAAGAAUGGUUCUUUUAUUCCUGUUUUGUUAGGAUUUGUGGCUGUUUGUAGGGUUUUUGUUUUGAUUCUGAGGGUUUCUUUUGAAAGAUCUGCAUCUAAGCUGGCUGAGAAGCACUUGAGUGUUGUUUUAGGGGUUUUUGGUUUUGUUUUGGCGCUUGCGUUUGUACAUGGGGUUGUUCCUAAAUGGAUUCUUGAUGUUCAUUUUGAAGAAGUUCAUGGGUUUGAGAAGUUGUUUAUUGCAGUUUUUAUGGGCUGCGUUUCGUGUUUUUUGUAUAUGCCAGCAGUGAGAAUUGCUCAUGCUUUUUGGCUUGGAACUGAUCAGCUUCGUUGCAAUUUGCCUAUUAUUUCUUGUGGAUGGUUUGCGCGAUUGCUUCUUCAUGCUAACUAUUUGUUCAUGGUUUUGACCUCAAUGCUUUGGGUAAAACCGUUUGCUGACUUGCUACUUAUUGAUCAAGAUAAGGCGUCUGUUGAACAUGUUAGGGAGUUGGUUGGAAAUGUGGGUAUGCAGAAGUCGGAAUUCAGUAGAUUUAGGGUGUGGUGUUUGUUAGUUUCGGGCCUAUUGCAGAUUGUAUCUUUGCGUGCAAACGUGCAGAUGUACUUGAACGAAGCAGUAUUGUGUUGGUACCAGAGACUGCACGCUAGCAAAGUUCCUGACUUAGCUUAUAGUAGGGCCAAGGUGUUCUUGCACAAUCACUUUGUAUGCCUUGUGGUUCUGCAAUUCUUUUUGCCCGCAACAAUGGUACUUCUCUUCCUUGGCUUGUCUCAACUUGGUGAUGAUUUGCUUACUAAUUUCCAAGGGAUAUGUAGCCUAUUUCCUUGUUCGAUGCUAGACAAAGAGGUGGCUUUGUUUAUGGCCUGGUGGGUUCUCUUUGUUUGGACAAUAUAUACUUCAGCCACACUUGCUUUAUUUAGACAGGGAAUCUUGUAUGUCUCUUGAUCUAUUGUUUAGUCGACUCACAUUAGGCAGCCAAAGUCUCUGAUUUUAUGAGCUUUUCCACAAGUUUGUCACAGUGUAACAAUACCCUUCAGAUGUUCUUUUUUUCCUCUCAUAAUAUAUCCUUUCACUAUGAGUUGCAAUUUUGUUAUUGACUUCUGAAAUUUUUAUAGAAUAUUAUUUUAUUUUCUC